GCUCCUGCAUACAUAGCUGACACGCCACCUACUGCAAAACCCAGCUGACAGCGCAGGCGAUGCUGCCAGUGUUUCCAUUCCAUCAGCAGGCUGGAGCUGAAUAAAGGCUUCUUUGGGUGGUAGUGUUUCUUUUUAAAAAAUCUCAAAGCCAAGAGGAACAAGCUGCAACAGCAUCUUCAAAAAUGGAGCGUAAAAUAAACAGAAGAGAAAAAGAAAAGGAGUAUGAAGGGAAGCACAACAGCACAGAAGACGCCGACCAAGGGAGGAACUGCAAAUCCACACUGACGACCCUCAACGUUGGUGGAUAUUUAUACAUUACUCAGAAACAAACACUGACCAAGUACCCUGACACUUUCCUUGAAGGUAUAGUAAAUGGAAAAAUCCUCUGUCCAUUUGAUGCCGAUGGUCAUUAUUUCAUAGACAGGGAUGGGCUCCUCUUCAGGCAUGUCCUAAACUUCCUACGAAAUGGAGAACUUCUGCUGCCUGAAGGGUUUCGAGAAAAUCAACUUCUCGCACAAGAAGCAGAAUUCUUUCAACUCAAAGGACUGGCAGAAGAAGUGAAAUCCAGGUGGGAAAAGGAACAGCUAACAUCCAGAGAGACUACUUUCUUGGAAAUAACAGAUAACCAUGAUCGCUCCCAAGGACUGAGAAUCUUCUGUAAUGCUCCUGAUUUCAUAUCAAAAAUAAAAUCUCGCAUUGUUCUGGUGUCCAAAAGCAGGCUGGAUGGAUUUCCAGAGGAGUUUUCAGUAUCAUCUAAUAUCAUUCAAUUUAAAUACUUCAUAAAGUCUGAAAAUGGCACUCGACUUGUACUAAAGGAAGACAACACCUUUGUUUGCACCUUGGAAACUCUUAAGUUUGAAGCUAUAAUGAUGGCUUUAAAGUGUGGUUUUAGAUUGCUGACCAGCCUGGAUUGUUCCAAAGGGUCAAUUGUUCACAGCGAUGCACUUCAUUUUAUCAAGUAAUUACCUGUCUCAGAACAAAGCAACAAGCAUGCAGCCAGCAAGCUUCGGAUAACCGCAGCAACAUCAAAGGCAUCCCAAACAAUGUGCCCAGCCAGCUCUGUACUACAGAGCCCUGCUGCUAUUCAAUUACUGUGAGCUAACGGUAUGUAAAUUCUAUCGCUAAUGAUGUCCUUCUACGGGUGUUCCUGCUGAUGAGAGACUCUUAUACCUAAAACGAAACAGCGAUCUUCCACACACUAUAAAUAAAGACAGAAUGCUGUUGCUAUUUACUUAUUUUUCGUUAAGCUGUCUUAAAUCAGAAUGUCUUGGGUACCUGCAUAGUGAUCAAGCAUGUAACUAUCUAUUGUUCAUUUAAGUAAAUAAUAAUGAAAUAUUUUAAUGCUUUCUACUUAUGGCAAAUAUCAAAAAGAAACAGAACUGUGAGAUUAACCAAAUACAUGUGCAGAUCUACUAAAACAGAGCUACAGUGAAACAAAAUGACAUUGUAACAAAGUAUUAAAACUACUGAUUUACCUUUUAAUGGCAGGUACCAAAGCUUAUUUCCUGUAUUUCACAUUUUAAUUAUAGCUGGAUUGGUAUCUUGCUGAAAGUUCCUACAAAACUGUUUGAUGACAAUAAAAGGAAGAGGGUGGGGAAGCACUGGUGGCUUCUUUGCUUGUAUUAAUUUUAACAAGAAGUUAAAUAUGUCAUUUAAAAACAAAUUGUACUACUUGAUGAUUUCACACAAUAUUUAUGCACUGACAGAGUCAACCACAGGCCACAGUAACUCUAGCUGGCCUGGGAAGUGAAAAAAAUUAGCAAAUUCAUUUCUUUCUAGGGUAAGCAUCAACACAGCAUGGGUAACUUGGUCUCAAUGGAGAACUGUGGUGUUAAAAUAAUGAAGGAGCGGGUUUUCAGAA